AUGUCGUCCAAGGUUGAAGAAUCCUCCACCCUGCCUUUUGGCAAGCAGGUGCCCUUGUCGGACAUCUCUAGCCCGACCUAUGUGACGGCCCAGCUGCUUGUCCAGCAGAUCGCGUACAAGCUCUCCGACAAGAUCUUCUCCUACUCUCCUCCCACCUUUGGCCUUGACGCUUCUGCCAGGCAGUGGGCUGCUGAUGAGAGCAAGAACGUUCACGGCUACGCCCCCGAUGUUCUGCCUCUCCAGACUCGAACAGGUGCCGGUGCCCUCGCCCUGGGCUACAUCUUCUCGCCAGACUUUGACGUCAGCAAGCGCCAUAUUCCUCAGACCCUGCUGGCUCCGUCGGGUUCUCUUCAGAACCUUCGCGGAACCCUGGACCAGCUCUCCCUUCUCUACAACCUCUCCAGCCCCUUCGUGGCCCAUGUCGCUGCCGCCGACUACAGCGCCGCCAACGGUCUCGUCUCCGACUAUGAAGUUGCUUUGAGACUCGCUGAAGAUCUCGGCUUGGGCCUGGUUGCCAGCUCCUCCGUGUACGAGACCCAGCACAUGUCCAUCUUUUCAACACUGCUGGCCAGCGUUGUUCCUACUCUUCACAUCUACGACGGCAUUCGCCUUCCUAGGGAGACUCUGCGAGUGGUUGACGCUUUGAGCGAGACUGGCGUGGCCAACGUGUAUAACACCCUCGUCAAGGAGGCUGGCAAGUUGAACCAGCACCUGGAUACUGCAGGCAAAGUCCUGGAGCUUCUGAAACUCUUUAACGAUGAGCUCGGCACUGUGUACCAGCCAUUUGAAUACCACGGUCACGAAACCCCUGACGUUGUCCUGGUUGCGCUGGGAAGUGUCGAGACUCAGGUCGCCAAGGAGACUAUCAAGAAGAUUGCCGGGGAUGGAGCCAAGGUCGGCGUCAUCAAUGUUCGUGUCUACCGACCCUUCAUCGAGGAGGCCUUCCUCAAGGCUAUCCCCGCCUCUGCCCGCACCAUUGCAGUGCUUGGCCAGGUCAACAGCGAAGCCGCUGUGACAGACGAGGCCACACAGUCAGCGCUGUACGGCGACGUUCUUACAGCCGUCACCUUUGCCGGCAAGUUCGAGCAGCAGCCCGAAGUUUUGGACAUCAAGUACACUCCUGCCCAAUCCCUGACCCCGCAAGGCCUGGUCAACAUUCUGCACAAGAUCUUCGGAAAUGACGACGAGGCCAAGCCUCUGCCUUCUCUACUGAUCAAGCCCCAAGAAUUCACGUUUUGGGACCUUGAUAACUCCGUGUCCGCCAAGUCAGCCGCCGCCCUUGGCAAGUUCCUUGCCCAGGAAGACACCAACAACGUUCAGGUUUUUGAGACGUACGACAACUUCACACAGGGCGGCAUUGUCCGAACCGAUGUUCGUGCGUCCAAGUACGAGCUGGAAGCGCCCUACUCUGUGACUGCUGCCGAGACCGUGGUUGUUGGUGACGAAAAGAUCCUCAAGGAUGUCGACGUGCUGGCCAAUGUUGUCCCUGGUGGCAAGCUGCUCAUCAAGCUGCCAAACUUUAACAAGGCUGAUGUCGAAAAGCGACUGCCAGCCGCCGUGCGCAAGACAAUCCGUGAAAAGGGUCUUCGCGUCUUCGUUUUGGAUCCUGCCGUCUCUCCCGCUUUCGAGAAGGAUGCUUCAGUCGCUAAGCUGCUCCUUGAGCUCGCCUUCAUGCAAGUCGCUCUGCCAGAAAGCCGUCCUGAGGACUUCGCCGCUCUCGUCGAAGCACAGCCUCACCUGCAGGAGGCUCGCAGCGCUCUUGACCAGGUCCUGUCCGAGCUUGAGGUGCCCGACAGCUGGGCAGAGGUUGAGCCUGAUUUCGUCCACCCCAGUCUGCCAACUGACGUUCAGACCAAUGCCUUUGUUCCCUUCGAGAAGGAGGAGGCCGAAGAGGCUUGGAAGCUCCAAGAUUGGCAGGUUGCCGCCAAGGGCCUGGUCUUUAAGGAGGCCUAUGGCACGCAGACGACGCUGCGGCCCGAACUCUCGGUCAAGACCUCCACCGUCCGGGUCAAGGAGAACCGCCGUCUGACGCCCUCAGACUACGACCGUAACAUCUUCCACAUUGAGUUCGAUCUUGGCGACUCCGGUCUCACAUACAAGAUUGGCGAGGCCCUGGGCAUCCACGCGGAGAAUGAUGAGGAGCAGGUCAAUGCUUUCAUCGAGUUCUACGGCCUCAACCCCGCGGAGCUUGUCCAAGUGCCCUCUCGCGAGGACCCCGAGGCCCUCGAGGUCCGCACCGUGUUCCAGGCGCUCACGCAAAACGUCGACAUCUUUGGCAAGCCCCCGAAGCGCUUCUACGAGGCCCUGUCCGAGUUUGCCACCGACGAGACUGAGAAGAAGAAGCUGGCGGCCCUGGGCGGCAACGACGGCGCCGCCGAGUUCAAGCGCCGCUCCGAGGUCGACACCGUGACCUACGUCGACAUCCUCGAGGAGUUCAGCUCUGCGCGCCCCAGCUUCCACGACCUCAUCAAGAUCGUCAGCCCGCUCAAGCGCCGCGAGUACUCCAUCGCCUCGGCGCAGGCCGUCACGCCCAACAGUGUCUCCCUCAUGAUUGUCGUCGUCGACUGGGUUGACACCAAGGGCCGCACGCGCGUCGGCCAGGCCACGCGCUACCUCAGCCGCCUGCAGCCCGGCGCCGCCGUCACCGUCUCCGUCAAGCCCUCCGUCAUGAAGCUGCCCACCAAGGACACGGCGCCGCUCAUCAUGGCCGGCCUGGGAACCGGCCUGGCGCCCUUCCGCGCCUUCGUGCAGUACCGCGCCAUGCAAAAGGCCCAGGGCAAGGAGAUUGGCUCCAUCCUGCUGUACCUCGGCUCCCGCCACCAGCGCGAGGAGUACCUGUACGGCGAGGAGUGGGAGGCCUACCUCGCCGCCGGCGUCGUCACGCUCAUCGGCAGCGCCUUCUCGCGAGACCAGCCCAAAAAGAUUUACAUCCAGGACAGGAUGCGCCAGACGCUGGACAGCAUCGCCCAGGCGUACAUCAAGGAGGGCGGCAGCUUCUACCUCUGCGGUCCCACCUGGCCCGUGCCGGACGUCACGGCCGUGCUCAAGGAGGCCAUUGCCGCCGAGGCCCAGGCGUCGGGCAAGAAGGUUGACCCUACCAAGGAGAUUGAGAGGCUGAAGGAGGAGGGACGAUAUGUGCUCGAGGUAUACUAA